UUUCAAGUUUGUUCCUAGUUCCCAGCUGAAAGUUGCAUGAAUUUGUACCCCAGCUUAAUUGAACUAUAUUGAUUUUAAUUAAACCCAUUUAAACACAUUUAUUGACAUCGAAUCGUUGUCGAACUUAAUUCGUUUAGAUUUGGACCAGUGGAUCUAAAUACCUGAUUCAAGAAUAAUAAUGGAUUUGGUUGCCACGCCAGGUGCGGAGGGCCCUCCAGAAGAAGUUAUUAAAGUUGUAGGCUGCGCUCAUUACAAAAGAAAAUCAAAAUUUGUGACACCCUGUUGCAACAAGGUUUACACAUGCAGGUUCUGUCACGAUGAGAAAGAGGACCAUUCGGUUAACAGAAAAGAAGUGACAGAACUUGUGUGCACUCUAUGUGAAACUAGGCAACCUGUACAAGCCGAAUGUAGGAAUUGUGGGGUUCGAUUUGGCAAAUAUGUUUGUCUGGAAUGUAAUUUGUUUGAUGAUGAAGAAAAAAAUCAGUUCCAUUGUCGAGGUUGUGGCAUUUGCAGAAUUGGAGGGGCUGACCGAUUUUUUCACUGCGAGAAGUGCAAUAUGUGUCUGCCAGUACAGUUGCAGAAUGGACAUAAGUGUGUUGAAAAUGUAUCGAGGGCAAACUGCCCUGUAUGCCUGGAAGACAUCCACACCUCCCGGAUACCCUGUCACAUACCAAUGUGUGGGCACCUACUGCAUCGAACUUGCUUCGAACAGCUGCUCCAGGCAGGUCAUUAUGCCUGUCCUAUAUGUCAGACGUCUCUUAUGGACAUGACUCAGUUGUGGAAUUACCUCGAUACGCAGGUGGCAAAUACGCCCAUGCCGGCUGAAUACAAAGAUUAUGUUGUUUAUAUAUUAUGCAAGGACUGUCACAAAGAAGGGGCUGUUAAAUUCCAUGUAGUGGGCUUCAAGUGCAACCACUGCGGGUCCUACAACACUUGCCGUAUCAAAGGUCCCAUCAACCCUAGAGGGGGAUUGAGGAGCAUAGAAAACCAACCGGACGCCGGAGGUGAAAGUAGUGAACAUAGAAACAACCCCGAUUUAGCCUCUGACCAGCCAAAUGUUGAAGGCAACUCUUCGGAAGGCCAGUAGCAUUUGGCAAACCGCUCGCCGUGGGCAUUUCUGUGGUACCUCGUCGCCAGUUUCGUUGUACUCGCUGUUUUCAACCUCGCAUGGGCUGCGGCGUUUGCAUACUACUGGUAGCCCGAGAUUUGUGUGACCUAAAGCACUUUUAUUCGAGAUUGCGUGUGCUGGACGGAAUGGUGAUGAAGCUCCUGGAUAAUUGAAUGGAGCCAGAGGUAAAAAACUCGUAAUUUUAUUUAUGCCUGCAGCUUUUUUUUCCACAAUCUUUAGCAUUCAAAUAAAGCAACUGAAAUACAAAACAAUCCAAACACUCUGCAGAUGUUUGCUUACAAAGUAGGUCAAACUAUUAACCCUAGGUAGGUGCCUUCCAUUUGAUACCAUAUUGAGUGGCUGUAACUUUUUUACUUUUAAAGAUGAAAAUGCAAAUAAAAAACUAAUUGUUAGCAGAAAGUUUUUUUCCUAAAAGACAUAUAAAACAAAAAACAGAUAUGGGCCCAUUUUAUAUAUUUUUUUAAUGGAACCUUAUUAUGAUCAGAAUUCUAUAUUUUAUACCACUUGUUUUCGAGAUAUUGACAAAAAUAGCAAAAUUUUCACAUAUAGUUCGAUAUGGAUUAAAUGAUAAGUUAUUGCCACAAUUAUUAUUGUUAAAAUGAUGUGUCAUAAUUGUCAUAAGGACUUGGGGUGACUAAACCGGUCAAGAGAAAAUUAUGGAAAUUAUUUUGAAGUUUCUAUAAUGGCCAUUAGCCAAAAAAUGUAAAAUCUCUUUUUUUGAGAAAUAAUUUUAUAUUACAGAUAACUAAACAGGCUCAUUUAAAGUUGGGAUAAAUUCAAUUCAUAGAAUAGUUUGUACUCUACCUCUUAAGAGAAAACAAUGUUGAAUAGUUUCAUUACUAAAAUUGUUACCAUUAUUAUAAUGAAUAAUCAAUAAUAAUUAGUACUCAUUCCUAUAUGAUUUCUAAUACAAUAUAUUACAAUAAUGAAAAACAUUAAAACUUUAAACACUAGGAUAUUUGCGUUUUAAUGCAGUAUAUGUCAUCACAAAAAUUCCAACAGAAAUAUUUGCGUUUGCUUAUUGUUAUUUAUCAAGCACUUCUACAGGUGGAAAAGGUAUUUUUUUACAAAUAAGGCCACCCCAAAAUACACUAUGCUGCAAUCUUAAUAUAAUUGACACUUCAAAUUAUAAUUUUUGUUAUUUUGUGUGUUUCAAAGCAGUUGGAUUUUUUAAAUUUCUAAUUUGGGUGAUGGGCAAUGUUCAAUCAUAUUAAAGUAAUAUUAAUUAUUAUUGACAUUUUAAAUAUAUUUUUUGUCAGUACAGUAAAUUCUAAAAGACUGAAAUUUAGAAUAAUGACAAUAAGCAACACUUGUUCAAUUUUUUUUUUUUACUAUUAUAUGUUAAAAAACAGAUAUCGAAAUGAGAUUUUCAUUAAGCAGAACAGACCUUUAUUUGGCUAUCCUUUGUUGCAAUAAAAGUGAUGAAUAUGCCAGAAAACGCUGUCUAGCGGCGAUACAAGUAAUCUAAGUCCAUCCAUACAAGGUUGUACUUAAGAAAACACUAAUAUAUAGGAGAUAUUUUCGUUCGCGAGAUAUACAUCUGGACCAAAGCAAGGAAUUCAAGCAGCUGAUUACUUGUUUUGCUUUCAUAAUUCAAUGUUCAACUUAUUUCUCUGUUCGUCCUUGUUCAUGAAUUUUCGAGGCAGCACCCCUGUUUGAGACCCUUUAUGACUUGAGCAAUCAGAGUAUUUCCCAUCUUAAUUAUUUAAUUUUCUUAUAGUUCUUAUACACUUCAGGGUUUUCUUUCUCAAAAAGCGGGGUUUAAAAUUCAAGAAUGCGAUUACGGGCCCCUGGCGGCCACUGUUAAUUAUUCGAAUAACAUGUUCUAUUUUAUACCGAUAAAAUACAAAGAUCUUUAAAACAAGAAAGUUAUAACCAAUCAAAAUGUUAUGAAGAUAAAUUGAACACACUUCACAUAUAUAAAAAUAUUGUAUAACUAAAUUAGGUAAACAAAUGAAAUAUUUUUUGUUUGACUCUUUAGUUAUGCAAAUUGCAAAUUCUCAACAGAAUAAUAAUGCAUUAAUAUCAAAUUUUUUCAAUGCAUUUUCUUGUUAACCGUUUAUACUAAUUUCCUGUUUUUUAUUAAUCUUCUUUCCCGUCGAAUGCCAUCAAAUCCUUCAAAAAAAUCCCACUUUUGUAUAACAAAGUAUGGAUACUCAAAGAGAGCAUAAAACUCCACAAUUGAUUCAAUCCCUCACAGGGCCUUGUUUUCGGCAUUAAGUUUUGCUGCGAGCCAUAAUGUAACGAAAAAAAUGUGUAUAGAAUAAUCAAAAAAAUUCGUUUUUAAUUUUAAACAACGUUUUGUGCAUACUUUGUGGGGUCAGGUUAUCGCAUAAUGUUGUUUCAAAUUGAAAAACUGAAUUUCAUAUACUGUUGUUGCAAAUUAGUUUAACAUUACUUGUAUUGAUUUUAUAUACUUUCACAGACUGUAAUUUUGAGUUUUGAAAAACAUUGUAUUUUGUAGAUAUUUUUACUAUUAAAUUGUUUCAUUUUUGA